CUUAUUACAAUUUACACAGAUUAUAAUAUUAAUUCCACUUGAAUUAUUUAAUCUUCUAAGUUAUUUGUAAGUACCUACCUAAUUAAUACAAAUCUGACUUACUUUGUACCUUCAUUGAGCAACUACUUAGGAAUUUAAGCCAGUACUUAUUAUAUUAUUUUUUUUAAGUAUUGCAAGUGUUAGAAAUCGGAAAUUGGAACUAAAAAUCAGGCAGUCGAACCAGAAAUCCAACUAGAAUCUUUCGCUUUUUAACCCAGCUACCUAAUUUUUAGAGUUAUAUUUAACAGAAAUACACAACGAAUAAUAACAAACCUAAUUGAUUAGUGCUAAGUGUAAUUGACAGAAAUUACAUGCUAAUAGUAUCAGUAGUACCUAUUCUAAACAUUUUUAAUAAUUUCUGAUAAAAAUACAGAUAAUAAUAUUACGAUAAGGUGGCCGAUAGCCGAUAGGAGACUGUAAACAGUGUAAACUGUCAAGAGAAAAUUAGGUUCAAUUUUUUAUUUGUAAUUUGUUUAAACCUUGUUAAUUAAUAUGAAAUCAUUAUAAUUAACUCAUAAUAAAUUAUUGUGACAAUGUUUUUUUUUUAUUGUUGAAUUAAGUGUUGUACCUAUGUAUUUGAUCAGUACCAAAUACUUGGUAAACAUAAUUAGUACCUACCCAUUUAGUUUUUAUUAUUUUCAAAAGAUAUUUAAUAAUAGUCAAAUAUGAUUUAGAAUUAUAGAACACUUGAUAAUGAAAAUGAAUUUUAAAAAGAGAUUUUUUUUAUUGCUUCUGUUGAUUGUGUUAUUUAUAUGUUUUUUAUUAUAUUCUCUAUUGGAAAAUACAAAUAUUAACUCUGUAAGAUUUAAAUAAUUUUCCUUUUAAUUUUUAAUUAUUUUAUGUAUACAUUAGGUUUAUUUAUAUGAAUAUUAUAUAUAUAUAUAUAUAUUAGUUUUAUAUUAUUUAUAAUGUUUUGUUUAUUUUCAUUAUAUUUAUUUUAGCCGUAUGGAACAGUUUCACAUGAAGAAAAAUCACAAUUAAUGUCAAAACUUAAUAAAUUAGAAUUGAAUAUAGAAAAUAUAAAUACCUUAGAAAAUGGUAUUAAUAAAAGUAUACCAGAAACAUCUAGUUUAACCAAGGUAUGUAAUAUUAUAUUGUGAUAUAUGAAUAGAAUAAUUUCUUCUAUCCUUGGCUUAAUAAAUAAUUAUUUAGUCAUCAUAUUGUCAGUAUUAUAAUAAUUUAUCAUGUUCUAUAUAAAUAAUUGGCUAUAAAAUGUCUACUUUCAAACAUUAUCAUUAUUCAUAAUUAACAUUUAAUUUUUCUUUCAGUUAACACAAAAUAAUGUUGAAGACACAUUUUUAUCUAAUGGAAUAUGUGAUCCAAAUAUUAAUGUAAGUUAGAUCUACAUCUAAUUUGUAUUAAUUUUUAUAAAUCUUAUGGAAACUAAUUGUUGAUUAGAGGAGUAGAAAUUUAUUUUAAAUCUCUAUUUUAUUGAAAAUCAUAAUCUAUAUUAUUAUGUAGAUAUGUAUUUUUAAAGGAAGGGACAUAAUUAUUAUGAAUUCACAUUAUUGGUGAUUUUGUAUAGGAUUACCGUGUUACUUUUUAUUUUAUAUUAUUUUGCUUUAUAAAGUACUUUAAUCUGGUAUUUUUUAACUGGAGUAUGUAUGAUCAAAUAAUGUUUAUAAUAAACAUUUUAAUCUAAACUUAUUUAUCUUAAUAUACCUAUAGAUAUAUUAAAUAAUUUUCACAAGAUUUCAUAUUGUUUGAUAAUUACGAUUAGUUGAACAAUCUAUUUUUUACUUAAAAUAUGAAGCCCAUAUUAUUUUUGUAAGACAUACAUUUGUGUAUUUAUAUAACAAAUUGAACCAGAUAACUACAUAUUUUAUAGUGUUAAAUAAUAAAGUUAUUUCCUUAAUUAAAAUUUUUUUUUGAAUACAUUUUAUUUAUUCUUUUUAGGAUAUUAUAAGUCUAAUGUUAUAUCUAAGUUAUACAUGUAUAAACCAAAUGUGCAUGAUGUAUAUGCAGAAUUGGAAUCAGUUUUUAUAUUUUCAAUAGUUUUACAGUUCAAUCAUUACUUCAAUUCUUAUAAUAGUGGAAUGAACAUAAACUUUAUUAUGAAAAAAUUCUUGGAAUAGGACUUUUCGGUGUUGUUAUUUCAGUGACAGUAAUUUAGGCAAUGCUAUUUUAACAAUAAUUGUAAAAACUACAUGCUAUGUACUUGUGAAAAUUAUUUAUUUACCUAAUUGAUAAUCAAAUUAUAAAGUUAGUAAAUAGAUAUAAUAAAAAUUACAUAUUUCUCAAUAUUUCUUAAUGAUAUUACUCUAUCCAAUUAUACCAUUUUCAGAAUAAGAAUGCACCAGGCAGGGGACUAAAAUUGUUUCGCGUGCGUGCAUGUCUCUACUAAAUAAUUAUUAAUAACCAAUUACAUAAUGUUCAGUGUUGUGUAAAUGCGUAGAAUAGUGUGUUUUUAUUCUGAUAAUAGUAUAUUAUAAGUUUGAAACAAUCAGUGUUCAGGGUAUCCCGUCAGUUUUCCCAAUAUUAAUAUUAUUAAUAAUUAAAUUUUUGUUUUGAAUAAGGUUUUGUGAUUAAAAGAUACAUAUAUUUUAAACAAAUUAUAUUUUUAUUUUCAUCCUUUAAGCACCAGAAAAAUAUAACUUUUUAUUUGUUAAUUUUUCAAAAUAGCCACUUUGUAAUAGAUAUAUGGUACUACUAUGUUGUGUAAUAAAUUAAUUCAUUUUAAUAAAACUAUGAGAAAACUAAAUAAAAAAAAUGAAUACACCGUUUUUUAGAAAUAAAAACUGCUAUUACCAAGAAACUAUUUAUCAGAUAUAUAGGUAUAUAUGAUACAUUUUUAGAAUGAUAUUUAUUACCUAAUAAUUAAGGAGUUGAAAUACAAAUUUAAUUUGUCUGAGCAUAUAUGUUGCCUUGAUAAAAAAUCAGAUUAAAAAAAAAAUCUAAACAUUAAUAUUGGAAAAAUACGGUUGGAUACUGUGUAUUUGUACUUGUCUAUGAACUACACAUAUUUUAACAUUUUAGUGACUUCCAUGCAUUAAUUAAUAAUAAAUACUUUGCAAGUUAUAUGAUUUAUUACAUAUUUUUUAUAUAUUUUUAUUUAUGUUAAACUAUGUACUAAGUUGUCUAUCAUGCCAUUAUGAUAAAGAAAUAAAUAAUAUUUUUCAAUUUUACUGCAAGUUUUUUUAUUUUAUACUAAAACGACUAAUGAAAAUAAAAUUCACCAAAAUGACUGUCAUCAAAAAGUCCAAAAAGUUUUUUGAUAAUUUAUUUUUACAACUAUAUGCAUGUAUUAUUAUGUUUAAGAAUGUGUGGAUACCUACUAAUUUUAUUUGUUUUGUUUUUACAUAGAUUUUUGUACUAUAAUUCUAUAAUAGUACAAGAUUUCUGUUUAUUUAUUAUUUUUGUUUCGAUUUUUAGAUGUGGGAUUUAUAUGAUAAACUGCAGUUUGACAAUAUUGAUGGGGGUGCAUGGAAACAAGGUUGGGAUAUUCAAAUUAAUAAAACACGGUGGAAUUCAAAUAAUAAGUUAAAGGUAUUUGUGGUACCUCAUUCACAUAAUGAUCCUGGUUGGAAAAGAACUUUUGAAGAUUAUUAUCAUAGUGAUACAAAGAAUAUAUUAGAUAGUAUGGUGGUUAAAUUAUCAGAAGACUAUAGACGAAAGUUUAUAUGGGCAGAAAUGUCUUAUUUAUCUUUGUGGUGGAAUGAUAUUAAUCAAAUUACGAAAGAUAAAGUGAAAAGGUAUAAAUAAUACAGUUUAGAAAUUAAUAAUAAUUUAGAUAAUUAUUGUUUAUAUUUUUUGCAUACAUGUAUUAAGUUUGAUUAAUAAUGGACAAUUGGAAAUAGUCACUGGUGGUUGGGUUAUGACAGAUGAAGCAAACUCCCAUUAUUCAUCAAUGAUCACUCAACUUACAAAUGGACAUCAGUGGCUGAUGACAAAUUUAAAUAUUACUGCUAAGUAAGAUUUACAAACUUUAAAAAACAGCUUAAUUAUAUAUUUAAGCAUUAUAUAAUUAAGAAAUUAUUGGCUCUUCAGUAUAUUUAAAACGAUAUAUUUUUAUAAUACCUAAAACUAUUUAAAUGUCUACACUUAAUAUUUUGAAAAGAAUUUAAUUUGUUUUUAUUCUUUAGAUAAUUAAAAAAACAAACGGCUCUAAAAUAUUACCUUGUCAUUAUUUUUCGUCAUCCAUUUUGUUUGGGUUGAAACAAUUACCUAAUUUUGAUUUUAAUAUGUUAUCCUUUAUUAAAACACUAAGUACCAUGCCAUCACACAAAUGAUGCAUAACCCUCCCCCUACCUCUACUAAAAAGUGGCAUACUUUGUUAACGAGUUGACAAAAAUAAAAAAUUUCAUCUCUAUCAUUUAUUUAAACUAAUACUCUAUUUAUUUAUGCAAUUUUUAAUGUAGGUUGAUUUUGAAAAUGAACAGUAGUUGUUUGACCUCUAAAAAUAUGGAUGAUAAAAAUAAUCAUAAUGUAGCAUUUUAGAGCUGUUUGUUUCUUAAUUAUCUAAAAAACAAUUUUUGAAAAAAAGUAUAUUUUUCAAAAUAUUGAUUAAAGACUUAAAUGGAUCACUCUAUAUAUGUAUAGUAUGUAUAGUAUAUAUCUAUACUCUAUAUAUGUAUUAAUUUUGUUUUCACAGUUAUAGUUGGUGUAUUGAUCCUUUCGGGGUAUCUCCAACUAUGCCUUACAUAUUGAAAAAAAUGAAAUUGUCUAGUUUAGUUAUACAAAGAACUCAUUAUUCUAUUAAGAAGUAUUUGGCUAAAGAAAAACAAUUGGAAUUUCGAUGGAGACAACACUGGGGUAUACAUAAAAAUAUAAUAAUUAAUCUUGUUAUAUUCCAUGGAUUGCAGUUUUACAUAUUUUUGAUUUUCAUAGAUACAGAAUGCAAUACUAAUGAAAAUGAGUUAUUUACCCACAUGAUGCCAUUUUAUAAUUAUGAUAUACCUCAUACUUGUGGUCCAGAUCCUAGUGUUUGUUGUCAAUUCGAUUUUAAACGAUUACCAAUUUUUGGGUUACACUGCCCAUGGAAGAUACCCCCGAUACAAAUUACUUCAUCUAAUAUACAGAAAAGGUGAACAAAUUUGUAAAUUAAAAGCAAUUAAGCUUUAAUGAAUUUUGUAAAUAUAAAUUCAAUAUAAAAAUAGUUAACUAACUAUUUAUUUUAUUAAUAGAGCAUUAUUGCUAUUAGACCAAUAUAAAAAAAAAGCAGAAUUGUAUAAUACAAAUGUUCUACUUGUUCCUUUGGGAGAUGACUUUCGAUAUAACAUCGCUACAGAAUGGAAUUAUCAAAUGACCAAUUAUCAAAAAUUAUUUGACUAUAUAAACAGUAAUAGUGAUUCAUUAUAUGUAGAAGUUAGUUUUGGACAUUAAUACAAUUUUGAAUUGGUUAUUUUGUUACUAAUAUUUCAUGAUUUCAUAAUUUUUUUUUUUUUAAAUAAUAAGGCAUCAUUUGGUACAUUAAAAGAUUAUUUUGAAGCUGUUCAAAAGUCAUCUUUUUAUACGAAUUUCCCAUCAUUAACUGGCGAUUUCUUUACAUAUGCAGAUAAAGAUCAAGAUUACUGGAGUGGAUAUUUCACAUCCAGACCUUUUUAUAAAUGUAUGGAUCGAGAACUUCUUGCUAAGUUAAGGUAUGACAAAUUGUUUAAAAAUAUUGAUGUAGUAUAUUUUAUUAUUUACUGUAUUUUAAUAAAUUUUUGUGAACAAUUAAAAAUUUACUUUAACAAAUAUUCAAUUUUUUUUUUUUAAAUCGAUAAUACUUUUUUAACCGAUUACAAAUCUUAGGUUUUAGGUAGAGGUUUUAAGAUUAUAUUUAAUACCAAUAAAAAUUGUUUGCUUCAUUUUACAUUAUGCAAUAUAUAGAUUAUUAAGUACUAAAUAUUAUAGUAUUAUAUACUAUCAAUUAAAAAAAAAAGGUAUAAGGUAUAGUAGAUUUAUGUAAAAUAUAAAUAUUUUCAAACUUAACAAGUUUUGAUAAUUUGAUUACAUAUUUAUUUUUUUUUAGAGCAACAGAGAUUUUAUAUUCCUUAGUUUGGUUGAGUGCACCUUUAAAUUUUACUUCUUGGUUGUGGAAACCAAAUUCAGAGUUGUAUAGUUAUUUACAAGCUGCAAGAAAUUCUCAUAGUUUGUUUCAACAUCAUGAUGGAAUUACAGGGACAGCAAAAAAUGAAGUAGUUAAUGACUAUGCUGAAAAGUAAUAUUUACUCAUUAUUUUAAAUUUGAAUAAAUAAUGAUGAUUUAUUAUGAUUUCAGAAUGCUGAAUUCAUUAACUCAUUUAAAUCAUAUCAUUCAACACUGUAUAUAUUUUUUGUUAUAUCAAGAAAAGGUUUUUUUUUUUUUUAAAUUUUCAAUAAACAUAUUAAUCAGGAUCGGAUUUAGAUUUUUAAAGGAUCUUAUACUACUAGAAAUGAUUUUGUAUAAGUUUAACUAAUGGAAUAUAUAAAAAGACACACACAUUUUAUAGUGAUUAUUGAUUUUAAAUUAUUACAUGAUUGAUUUACAUUUUAGUUUAGUAGAUUAAUUAAUGUUAAAAAUGUUUAUAAUCAAGGCUAGGGAUUUUUACCAGUUAAAAUUAAUAAAAAAAAAGAGGUGUUAAUUAACACUUCAAAAAGUUAAUUUAUAAUAUCAAUUUUAAUGUAUUUACAUUUUUAUAAAUAUAUUUAUGUACUUUUUCCUUAUUUUUAUUUAAAAAAAUAUUGUAAAAAUCAUGGCCCAAGAGGAAAGGGAGAGUGAUACACCUAUUUUCUCUUAUAAAUUAACUACUACUAUAAGUCUCAAAUGUGCUAUAACACAACAAUAUAACUGCAUAAUUAUUCUUUUGUCUAAAAGCCUUAGAUUUGAUCUCCCUGUUAUACCAUUGACAAACUGCAGGUCUAAUCUUAUUUAAGCUUCUUGCUUAUGAAGUUGUUUCUUCUUCACUUCUUUUUCUUAUUAAUUUUCAAUAAUAAGUCAUUAAAUUAUAUCAGUAUUAAACAUUAUUUAAGUUUAAAAACUGUGACUCAUUAAUACCAGGAGUUACCUGCUUAACAUUGUUAAACCUAUUUCCGGCCCUGAUACUAUAUCUUUUUAUGCAUUUGUUCACAAUAAUUUUUAAACAAUUUAUGUAUUAUGCCUUAGGAAAAAUAUAUUUUUGAUAUCAAUACCAAUUACUUCGAGGUAGAUUAUUCAAGAGUUCAUAGUACUUAUUUGGCUCAACAUCGAGUUUUAAGUUUUGGUAAAAAUCAAGAUUCUCAAAAUGUAAUUGUGUUCAAUUCUUUGACAUCAUUUGUUCGACAUGAAAUUGUCACAUUAUUCGUGGCAAGUGAAAACAUAAAGGUUAGUUUAAUGACAAAACUUUAGUAAACAGAAUAAACAUAUUUAUAUACAGAGUGAAUUAAACUAGUUAAAUUGACUAUAAUAGUAUUUUAUAAUUUUUAUUAUACUGUAAUGAGUAAAUGUUUAAUGCGAUAAUAGUGUUUUUUUUUGGUUCUACUAAGUAAUUUAUUCAAUAAAACUUAAUAUUUGAUACAGUAAAUUUAUAAAUAAUAUUGAACUUAACAAAAGUAAUUUUAUUAAAUAAUUAUUUCAAUUUAUCGAUGAUUACAUUAAGUCCCUAUUAUAUACAUUUGAUGUAUUAUUUUAUAUUUUUUUCAAUUUUGUGUAUUGAAAAUAAUAUAGGUAGUCAAUGCAGAAGGUGUGGAUAUAUUGUUUCAAAUAGAUUCUACUUGUAAUCUUCUAGAAGAUAUACCAAUAUUAAAGACAUGUUUCCAAUUGCAUUUUGUUGUAGAACUUGGCCCUUUGGAAAUAAAAAGAUAUACUAUUAUCUAUAUGCCUACAGAUAUCAGUACCAAGUAAAUUUUAAAAAAUAAUACCCUGUAAUGUUAAACAUUUUUAUUAAAUGUCUAAAAAUUAUUUUUAAAUUUUUUAAUAUUAAAAUAUGUAAUUAAUUAAUAAGUUAUUGGAAUGUCACAUUUUUAUUCAAAACAUCAAUUUUAAAUUCAAAUUGGUUUAAUACAAAAUUGUAUGAAAAUAUUAUAAAUAUAAAUUAACAUUUAUUUAUUUUUUAUUAGAAAAUAUAUGUCAGAAAUCAGUGUUUACAACCCUGAAAUUGACGCAGUUUUAGAUCCUAGGAUAGAUAUUAAAACAAUUGACAUGGAAGAAUUUUCAAUUGAAAAUGAAAAAAUUGUUGCAUCAUUUAACCGUGAUGGUUUGUUGAAAAAUAUUAUGCUUAAAUCUUCUGGAAAACAAUAUCCUGUAUCAAUAAAAUUUGUGAAGUAAUAACAAUAAUUAUUAUUUAAUAUGUUUUCACUUUAAAUGUAUUGUUAUUUUUAGAUACGGUGUAGCCCAUGGUAAAGACAUGAGUGGGGCUUAUUUGUUUAUGCCAUCAGGGGAAGCUGUUGAUGCUCAUUCCUCUGAGCAACAACCUACAAUUUAUGUCGUUAAAGGACAUGUUUUAUCACAAGUAAUAAUCCGAUAUAAUAAUGUGAAACAUUCAGUACUGAUUCGUCAUAUGAAAGGUAACUUGAAAUUUUUUUUUUUAAAUUGAUAAAAAUAUAUUCUUUAAUUUUUAUACUCAGAUAUAAGUGAUGUUGAAAUACGGAAUUUAGUUGAUAUUCGACAAGAAAUGAAUUAUGAACUAGCUAUGAGAGUUACCACUGAAGUGGACAAUAAUAAUAUAUUUUAUACAGACUUAAAUGGAUUUCAAGUAAUACAAAUGGAUUAUAUGUGUACUAUACAUAACUAAAUAUAUAAAUUUUAUUGUAAUUGUUUUAUUAAAAGAUGACACGUAGAAAGUAUUACAAAAAACUACCAAUUCAAGGUAAUUUCUAUCCUAUGUCUAGUGCAAUGUAUAUUGAAGAUGACAACACUAGAAUAUCAUUAUUAUCAGUUCAACCAUUAGGUGCAUCAUCAUUGCAUAACGGGCAGAUGGAGGUAAAAUAAUUAAAUAUUUUUAAUUCUACUGAAAAAAUAAUACAACUUUUUCUUCAAUUUUAAUUGGUUUUAUAGGUUAUACAGGAUCGACGAUUAAGACAAGAUGACAACCGUGGGUUGGGUCAAGGAGUUUUAGACAAUAUACCCACACUGACAUUUUUUAGAUUACUUGUUGAGGAAAACAUUGGUAACUGUCAGGUAAAUAAGAAAUUAUUCAGCAUAUAUUAUUAAAAUCGUUUAGCUUUUAAAAGUGAAUUUUUGUAUAGAUGGAUUUACCCAAUCUGACACCUCUCGGAAUGAUAUCUAUGUCAACAUUAUUGUAUCCUACUAUAUCACUAUUAGAUACAUCAAAAUAUGAUCACUUAGAAGACACAUACAUUAGUUCCCAGUUAACAUCAUUACCAAGCGAUGUUCAUUUAGUUACCGCAUCAUUAAUCCUCCAACAAUCAAAACCCGCUGUAGGAUUGGUUUUUCAUAGAACUCAGACAACCUUAUGCUAUGGUUUUAUAGAUGCCAAUAGAAAUUAUUCAAACUCGGUACCUAAAUGAUUAUCUUUAUUAAUAAAACAUUUUAUUUAUUGUAUUUGUAUUUAAUGAUAAUUUGUAGAUUGAUUUUAAACCUCUUGUAUCUUCAACGGCUGAGAAAAUAACUUUAUAUGAAUCUUCACUGUCUUUUGUGCACAUUGGAUCAAAAGUUGAUGUCCUAAAACCACAAAACAUGCAGCCAAUGGAACUUAAAGGCUAUGUGAUAAAGAAAUAAAAUUACAAAGUACUUCAUGAUCUUCAUGACCAUCAUUACUAUUUUAAUAUUAGAAUUGUACCAAAAUAAUGUGAAGCUUAAUUUAAAUAACAUGAUUGUCCUGAAAAUUACAAUGUAUUUUAUUAUUGAUUAAAUUGCCUUAAUACACAGCUAAAUGAUCAUCAUUAAUCUCUGUGGAUAAUGUAUCCUAUUUUAAAUAGUUUAUAUUUAUAACCUGUUAAAAACUGUUCUUCUGGUAUUCAUUGCUAUUUAUUAAUUUAUAUGUUUUAUACUAUUAUUUAUUUAUUUAUAGAUUUAUUGCUCUAGCAUAAAACCUUUUAAGUGUGUAACUUUUUUUGAAAAUGAAUACCACAUAAAAUUAUAUUUUUUUUUAUCUUGUAUAUAAAUCAUAAGAAAAUUAAAAAUUAAAAACUCAAAGCAAAGAUAAGAGUUUUAAAGGGUAUUAUGUUUGUUUUGUAAAUUACGAAAGUUAAGUACAUAAGUAAAUAUUUGCUCUUAAUUUUGUUAGAUGUUUUACUUUUAUGUAAAUAUAUUAUUAUAAAUAAUAAUUAAAAUUUAAUGUUAAAUACUCAAUAAACAAUUUAUUGUUGCACUAUAUAUUUUAAUUAUAUUAUUUAUAAUUUUAAAA